UGGCCCAAGGGAAGGCAACCGUGACAGACCGGAAGGCACCCCUGCCAGUGCACCAGCGCGGCCAUCCGGCGCGCGUUUCUCUCCAGGCACCAUGGCGCGCGGACCCAAGAAGCACCUGAAGCGCAUGUUCGCACCGUCGCACUGGAUGCUGGACAAGCUGAGGGGUCGCUGGGCGCCCAAGCCGUCCGCCGGACCGCACAAGCAGCGCGAGUGCCUGCCGCUCAUCGUUCUGCUGCGCGAGCGCCUCAAGUACGCGCUGACGUACCGGGAGUGCAAGAUGAUCACCAUGCAGCGCCUGAUCAAGGUGGACGGCAAGACCCGCACGGACAUGUUCUAUCCGGCCGGGUUCAUGGACGUCGUGCAGAUCGACAAGACGAAGGAGAAUUUCCGGCUACUGUACAACACGAAGAGCAAGUUCUGCCUGCACAAGAUUUCCAAGGAGGAGGCUUCCUACAAGCUCGCACGCGUCAGGAAGGUGGAGCGUGGACCGAAGGGCAUCCCCUACGCCAUCACCCAUGACGGGCGCACGAUUCGCUACCCCGAUCCGGACAUCAAGGCCCACGACACCGUGCGCAUUGAUAUCGCCACUGGUAAGAUCAAGGACCAUCUCAAGUUCGAGCCUGGCCAGAAGGUCAUGAUCAGCGGCGGGAACAAUAUGGGCCGCGUCGGCGACAUCACCCACCGCGAGCGCCACCCGGGCUCCUUCGAGAUUGUACACGUCAAGGACAGCAACGGGCACGCGUUCGCGACCCGCAUGCAGAACGUGUUCGUGAUCGGCACGGGCGGCAAGCCGUGGAUCUCUCUGCCGAAGGGCAACGGGGAGAAGCUGAGCAUCAUCGAGGACCGCGCCGCGCGAAUGGCCAAGUGAGGUCGCCGCGCCGCCCGCGUCAUCGGCCCGGCGAACAGGAGAGGCAGGGGACUGGAGUGCUGGCUGCCCACGCCUCCGCGCACGCGACGGGAGGGGGCCUCCACCCCUCUUUCCUGCUCCCUUCUCCAUCCUCCCUCCUUCCUCUUCCCUCCU